AAUGGCUGAAUAAAAAAAGCCAGCACAAAAACGAGUACAAAAUCAGAAAGAAGAAAUAUAAAAACAGAUACGUUUUGUCAAAAUUCAGCACAAAAUUUCAAAAAACAUUUCUUAUUUGAAAAAAUAGCAUAAAUUUUGUCUUUAAAAGUAACUUAAAAUGCUGACAGUUCGAAAAUUUUGCCAUAAACUACACAUGUUCUUCCAAGAGCACUACCCGUACAUUUGGUUCUUGUCGGUCUUCACGAUGGUCUUCAUCGGCUUCCUGCACUACGAACUGAAGCACAACAGUCGCGAUCUCAUCUACUGGAAGGAUCUGCUCGAUUUUUGCUACAACGAACUGGAACAUUUCGCGCUCAUACUCAUUAUGAUCAUUGUGCUCAUCAAGGUCAUUUUCCUGGCCUUCAUCAUUGUCAUGAACUCACGUUCGUUCACUUGGUUCGACGAACUGUCGCAGCUGGAGGUGAAGAAGCGUUAUGCCGACUUUCUUUUCAUACGUCUGAUCGCCGAUAUCGACAAGAUCGAGACGAAGUACUUACGCAGCGCCAAGGAGAAUGAGAUUGCCUCGCUUAAGAGCUUCAUAUUGGCCCACGAGGAUAUGCGCAAGACGAUUGAUAACUUUCGUAAAGAUGCGCGCAAAUUGCUGACACCCAAUGAGAUCGAGGUGUCGCUGCCGAUUGAGGAGGUCUACGGGCUGAUGGACGACGAGGAACGUUUGAUACGUCGCUCACGUUUCUACCACAUGGACAUCUCGGCAGACGAUGAGCUAAUCAAGUCGCUGGUGAAUCCGUAAUUCGAUACGUGUCAUGUUUUAUUUUUUACUUUCGGAUUGGGGCUCCAUCCGGGGCCGUUCAUAGAUUAUAUCAACACAUUGUACAAACCACUUUGAAAUAGUAUACUUUUGUAAGGUGCGAUUAGUUUAGCAAGAGCCCAGUUAACUCUUAGUUGGUUGGUUCUUCAUUCGAAUGUGUGCACUAAUCCAAGGAUCGCUUUAGUAAUCGCUUCAAGCGCUUAAUGUAAUCAUUGGGAAAUAACGGUAAAAUUUUAAUUUAAUUUUAAUUCGGCGCAGAUUUUUAUUGAGAAAUGUUUAAUGACAAAAGAAUGCAAAUAUAUUUUUAAGGAUGGCGUUUUGCAAUUCUUUUCUACAAA